CGGCGCCGUGCCGCCAUGCCGCCCUCCGCGAUGCUGCUGCUGCUGCUGCCGCUGCCGCUGCUGGCGGCGCUGGCGGUGCCCGCCCCGGCGGGGGUGGCGGCGGGGGGCUGCGGGCCCUGCGAUCCGGCGCGAUGCCCGGCGCUGCCGGCGCGGGGGUGCCCGCUGGGCCGGGUGCGGGACGCCUGCGGGUGCUGCUGGCAGUGCGGGCGCGGCGAGGGCGAGGCGUGCGGGGCCGGCGGCGGCGCCGCGGGAGGACGCUGCGCUCCGGGACUCGAGUGCGUGAAGAGCCGGCAGCGCCGCAAGGCGAAGAGCGGCCCGGGGCUCCCCGCCUCCGGCCCGCCCGGCGUGUGCCUCUGCAAGAGCCGCUACCCGGUGUGCGGCAGCGACGGGCUCACCUACGGCAGCGGCUGCCAGCUCCGCGCCGCCAGCCUGCGCGCACAGAGCCGCGGGGAGCCCGCCAUCAGCCAGCGCAGCAAGGGAGCCUGCGAGCAAGGACCCUCCAUUGUGACUCCUCCUAAGGAUAUCUGGAAUGUGACAGGAGCACAGAUCUACCUGAGCUGUGAAGUCAUUGGCAUCCCAACUCCUGUCCUCAUCUGGAACAAGAUAAUUCGAGGACAGUAUGGUGUCCAGAGGAUGGAGCUCCUGCCUGGGGACCGGGAGAACUUGGCUAUCCAGACCCGAGGGGGCCCUGAGAAACACGAAGUGACUGGCUGGGUGCUCAUAUCCCCUCUGAGCAAAGAGGAUGCUGGGGAAUAUGAGUGCCAUGCGUCAAAUGCCAAAGGAGAGGCAACAGCUUCUGCAAAAAUCCACGUUGUGGAAACUCUGCAUGAAAUAGCUCUGACCAAAGGUUGAUGAUGGUGCAGAGCUGUGAUGUGAGGACUUUCACUUACGCAGUUUUAAAUUAGUAUUUUGGAAAGCUGCAAGCUCUGGCUUUUUCUAGCUGACUAAUCGUUCCCUCUUAACUCCCUUAUUCUUUGACUCCCAAUUUGCUUGCACACUUUUUUCACAGAUGCACAAAUAAAGAGAUUCACAAGUUUGAUUACAAAUUUUAAUUCUAUUUACAGAAAAUAAACAUACUUUUGAACAGCACACA